AUGGAUGGAGCAAUGGAUGGAGCGGUUGAUCGAUGGAGCGAUGGGUGGAGCUUUCCAGAAAUAGCAGCCAUUUUUCAAGAGCCCCCAAACUGUUUGCAGAAACAGCGGCUGAAAUACUUUACCAACCAUCCAUUCCAUCCUUACUGUAAGGGUUACAAGUCGACAGCUCUACAAGAGAAAGCAAAAAUGCCUUGGAUGUUCUUGUGGCACACAAGUUCAACUGAAAUGGAAAACGAUGACCAUGAGGUUGCAGAAAACAAGGAUAAUAAGAAGAAGACCAAGACCUUGGGCAUAGACCUGAAAAACUUGUUGAUGUCUGUCGUGCCCCACAUAGAACCAGCUGUCAUCAAAUAUCCCAAUUCUAAAUAUGAAAUGCUUUCUGCAGAAGAAGUUAUACAGUGGUCCCAGUCUCUAGCAAAGCUUCUGUCAACCCAGUGUGGUCAAGAUGUUUUUAGAGAAUUUCUGAAAUCAGAAUUCAGUGAUGAAAACAUUGAUUUUUGGCUGGCUUGUGAAGACUACAAGAAAACCCAAUCUGAUCACUUACAUGACAAGGCAGAGAAGAUUUACAAAGAGUUUGUCCAGUCAGAUGCUGUUAAGCAAAUCAACAUUGACUUUCAUACAAGAAAAGCUACAGCUCAAAAGGCACAGGAUCCAACACCCUCUAGCUUUGAUGAGGCUCAGAAAAUCGUAUAUGUACUUAUGGAGAAGGACUCUUACCCUCGAUUCCUCAAAUCCAGAUUCUACCUUCAUCUGUUAAACAAGGCUCAAUGCAACAGUCUCAAGUGAAAAGAUGGCUCCACAUUUUCUCAGGUGUAAAUCUGAAGUAUGACUAGGCUGGAAAGUCAGGAUUGGAAAACAGGAAAAGGGGAACUGCAUGGAACAAGGACUGGCCUGUGACAGGCAAAAGAAGAAGAGUGUGAACGAAGAGAUUAUAUUGCCUUGACAGCAAUGAACUAAGGAUCACGUCUCACGUUAUCAUUUUCUUUCCCAGGAGCAGUCCUGCAAGUGAAGUCUCAUUUGUUUUGCAAAUACUGUCAUAUGGAAAGAAUGUGCAACCAUGUUUAUUCAUGAUAUUGUUAGGGGCUCGUUCACAUGUAUAUAUACAUCUCAUGGUUCCUCAUCCUUUGAUUAUAUAUAGCUGACAUUCUACGGAAAAGCACUAAAUCAGAUGUGUUGCAAGCUGAUGAGAAAGUUAGAUCCAUGAUGGCUCCGUUCACACAUGUAAAUAGACUUUUGAUGUGGCAUGCAGUUGUCACAGGAUGAACUACAUGCAUCAACCACCUCUUAUUUUUCUCCCACCACCCAGCUGAGUGGUGAUGGGAAGGGUCCACUGGAUACGAGUUGUAUGGACCUGCUUCAUAUAUAUUCAUAAGGACCAUUGCUUAUUUAAAGAUUAUGCACCAAGUGAGUUUCAGUAAGGUGUAACAGUACUGGAAGACGUAUAUUAGGGUUGUCAACUUUCAGGUAAGCCAGGACAGAAAUAAGGGGGGGAAAUCCAACCUAAUGUGAUCUCCCAGAAUUAUAACUCAUCUCCAGACUACAAAGAUCAGUUUCCCUGGAGAAAAUGAGUGCUUUGGCUCUAUGGCAUUACACUCCACUGAGGUCCCUCCCCUCCCUGAAACCCUGUCCUCCCCAGGCUCUACCUCCAAAUAUCCAGGAAUUUCCCAGCCCAGAGCUAGCAACUCUAGUAUAUACAGAUCCACCCCCUAACAAUGGGCUGGUGUUAGCAUUCUAUUCUAGGCCUGAGGCAUGACUGGCCUUCUCUUGUACACUGGGUUCUUAACUUGAAGGUAUUUUAAUUGCCAAAAGUGCACAUGGCCAAGGUUCUUCCUGCUUGAAGAUGAAUGAUGUGUCACUAGCUGAUGAUGUUUGGUCAGCCAUCUGCUCUACCAUCAGGACUCUGAUCCUGCUUCAAACCCCUUGAGGCAGGGCAUAGAGUUGACUUAUUUCCAACUAGUCCAAUGUCUUCUCAAAAACCAAAGAGGAAGCACAAGCUGGCUUAUCUAAACCUUUAAUCUGUCUUGCUUCUCAGGGAAGUUGGUCUCCUGGGAAGCAGAUCAGACACAAGAAUCCUAUAGAGUUGGUGGAUCAAUUCUGUGCUCUGCAAGUCAGGCUUUCACAAUAACUUCUCUGGAAAUGGAGAAAUGGGAGAGACACCAAAGUUGUUGGGUGGAGUUCGAUCCACAAUGAGGAGUAAAGUGAUCGUUCAGACUGCUGUUGCUGACAUACAAUAUGUAAAGAGAUGUAUCACUUUCUGAUCUUUAAUAAAUACAUUGUUUGUUUCUAUAGUUUAGAUUGGGAUACCAUUUCAUGUAGAUAUAAGCUAGGCCAUAAAUAAGUUUAAUUUUUGGCCCCAAUAUGUAGCUUAUUAAUAUUUAAUUUAUUGUAACUUGCA